AUGGGACGUAAAUCCAAAAGACAAACAUCUUCUGCUGACAGUAAAGAAGAUUUGUUGUUGUUAGAUACUAAUAGGCCUUCAAAACGAAAAUCAAUUUCUCUUUGUAAUAAUGAAAAUAAUAAAAUAAUUAAUGGAAAUGAUUUUAUCUCAAAUAAAAAUAAUUUACAUCAACAAUCAUUUAUUUCUUCACCUUCUUAUUCUUCAGAAUUAGAACAAACACCUAAUGAAGAAGAAGGGGAUCAACAACUUUAA